CGGACGUACGUCAGUCGGACCAAUAUUUAAUAAAAUUUAUGAAAAUAAUGUCUACACUAAUAUAAAGCGUAUUGGAUAUUGUUAUUUCUGAUAUAUUGAUAUCAAGCUAUCUAAUAAUUAAACGACAAUAACAGGUGUUAAGGUGUGACGGAAAAUCAUUCAUUCACCAUCAGUAUAUGAAACAGUCGGUGCCCCAUCUAUUUAAAUUAGUUAUAUUGCCUUAAUUGUUUUUCAAACUAUUUCCAACAUGACUUCUAGAGUGGAUUAACGACAAACUCAUGUAACUAGUGUAGGUUUCAAAUAGUUUUCUUAGGGUUAGCAGGCGGUAAAGAUGCCGAUGAGCGCAGAUGAGGUUUCGGAAACGUUCCCUGUACAUUGGCUUGUGUGGAACAAUAAUUAUGAAGAGCUACGUGUUGCUUUAAACAAUAAAAAGUGGAGCUCUGAGGAACUAGAGUCUCGGGACCCACGUGGACGAACACCGCUUCUAUUGGCUGUGACAUUGGGACAUCAUGAAUGUGUGUGUGCACUACUUGCUGCUGGUGCAAAUGUGUGUUGUGAGCGAGAUGGAUGGACAGCAGUACAAGAAGCAACUGCAAGAGGACAUUGUGGAUUAUUAGCAGCAGUCCUUGCCAGGAGAGACCAUGCUAGACAUGCUGCUCGUGUUGCUGCAUUACCAGCACUGCUGCGACGACUCAGCCUGGCACCAGACUUCUAUGUUGAGAUGAAGUGGGAAUUUACUUCAUGGAUUCCACUGGUCUCCCGAAUUUGUCCAUUUGACACAUAUCGUGUUUACAAACGCGGGGCCAACGUGCGAGUCGACACAACUCUACUCGGUUUCCAUGACAACCGGUGGGAGCGCGGCGAUCGGACUUAUAUCUUCUCAGGACAGGGUGACUCAGCAAAACUACUAGAGCUGGACCACAUAGCUGGAACCGUAUGGACUGAAAGGGUCGAAGGAAGUGUCUCUGCCGAUGACUGGCCACUCCCACAAGCUUCCCAUCUGAAUCAUCGUCUCCGCACACCUGUCCACAUUAACUACCUCGAUACAGAUAAGAUCUGCUUUGAACGCAGCAAAAGUGGGAUUUGGGGGUGGCGUCAGGACAAAAUGGAAAAUGUCAACGGGUAUGAGUGCAAGGUAUUUGGUGCGAAUAAUGUGGAGAUUGUCUCGAAGACACGGUGGGAACACGUGCCCCGUUCUGAGAGGAGGGCUGUGCGUGCGCCGCCGUUAGCAGGGCUCCUUGCCGCCGCCGAUGAUGAGGGCGCGCCGCCGCCGCCGCCACCAGAUAGAGAAGAUGUGGCAGAUAUGCCCGACUUAAAUCCAUCUUGGGAGCAAUACUUCGAUGAGAGUGUGGAGGAAUGUGAAAUUGGUCGUCCGCGAGAAAUUACUUCAAAAGUGCAGAAGUUCCGCGCUACGUUAUGGCUUUGUGAAGACUACCCCUUAGAGUUGCAGGAACAAAUAAUGCCAAUCCUUGACCUCAUGGCAUCUAUAUCUUCUCCGCACUUCGUGAAGCUAAAAGACUUCAUACAGUUACAACUUCCAUCUGGCUUCCCGGUUAAAAUUGAAAUUCCACUCUUCCACGUGAUCAAUGCAAGAAUUAGUUUUGGGAACAUAUUUGCACGCGACACGAGCGUGCGACACGUUGAAUGCGUGCCCGAAGGUGAUAGGUUGACGUGUCUCAUAGAUGACACUUGCUUCGCCAUAGGAAGGGGCUACCGGGAAGCUGGGCCGGUAUCAGAGGACAGGAUCGCCAGCAUCGCUGAUGAUGACGAGGAAUUGCUGCAUUACGCUAUACAGCAAAGUCUUAUGGAAGCAGGAACCCAAAGAGACCAGGUAGAUGUGUGGGAAGCUCUCCGAGGAGCUCGGCCUGUCACUCCCACUCCACCUGCGCCCGUUUCCACCGUCACUAUUGAUGAAGAACUAGAGCAGACUAUGCUGCAAAGAGCUAUUGCGGAGUCAUUGCGGAUCUCAGCGGGGGCAGUUGAGGAGCAAAAAGAGGAGAGUCUGGAAGUGGAAACUGUGGACGGGGAAGACGAGCUUAAAGCGGCUUUAGCGCUGUCAGCAGCGGAACAUGAAGCGAGACGAGCUCAAAUAAGGGACGAACAGAAGGCUUUAGACGAAGUGUUACGAUUAUCGAUGAACGAUAAAUAGCGCCGGAAGUUCAAGCUGUCGCGGCGAUAAGGAACAUCUUCUGCCGCUAUGAAUCAUAUGGUCAGUAUUCAUAAUUAUCUCAUUUUGACUCUUUGACUUAAAUGUUUGACAAUUAUUUUUUAUGAGAUUUUGACAGACGUGAUUUUACGUGAAGCGGUUUUUUUUUAUUUUGAUCAUAAUAAAGUCAUAGUGGUCCUAAUUAGAAACUUAGUCGAAUCUUUGAUCUAUCAAUGACUGAGAGAGUACAUAUUUCUGUAUUUGUGUGUGUACUUACGUAGACGCGUUAGAAGUUAUACUUCUUUGGCGUAACAAGAUCUUUCAAAUUUUUUAUCUUUAGCCUUAUUCAACGUUUGUAGAAAAAACGAAAAAACUAACAAUAGAAAAAAAUAUACUCUCAUCAUUGCUCCCUAACGCGCCUAAAGAAGUAUACCUUCAAAAAACUAAAAUGUUGACUAUAGCUAACUUCAGGGUGUCGCUUUUUUGCGAUGGUGUGCGCACGCAUCGUAAAAAAAUUGUAAUCAUUUCUCCCCAACGCGCCAAAAGAAGUAUAACUGCAAAAAGAAACUUCAUUCAGUCACUUCUAUCUCACUAGGCUUCCUUCCGUCAGUCACUUCCAUCUGUCUAGGUUUCCGUCAUACCGUUACGUAGCAAGAGCUGCUAAAUACUGUCUCAAUAUUUCGUACUAUACUAGCCUAGUCUGUCCAACAACCUGUGAUGGCAACACUGAUGAAAUGAUUCCCGCUAACGUAUGGAUCCAAACAAGUCCAGGGUUGUUAUUCUAUAACUCAGUUCAGCUCAGUCUUGAAGCGCUACUCAAAAUUCAAAACAAAAUCCCAAUCGCUUUUAAAUCGCUAGAUUUGCCAUUAGAGACUAAUUUAGUUUUCAAAAUUCCGCUAGAUCUGUUGCAAAGUUGUGAAAGUGAUAAGCUUCCUUCAUGCUAAAAAUUUAAAAAAAAAACAAGUUUCGACCAUGAACCCUUACCGACUUAAUCUAGAUUUCGGAGGCAUUAACAAAUACGUAUGAAUCUAUAAACCAUAUUUUAGAAAAUAUAUCUAUAUAACUUGGUAGUUCACAAUAAUUUUGUAGAUUUUUCGUAUCCAACAAAUUAUGAACAAAAUCUGCAAAGAAUUCCGCUUCACGUAAAUGUCCAACGGAACAGGGACGUGUAUCGCAUUUUAUUUUAAGUAGUUAUAAGUAAUUUAUUAAAAUUCUAAGUAUAUUUUGGUGCGAUUUUGGUGUGCUAGGCCUGAUGACAUUAUAGUGUUAAUAUCGAAUAGUUAAUAACACUAUUGCUACGCGGUGACAUUAUUUGUUCAACUGGCACUAAAAAUGCAAUUCAAACAUAUAAUCGACUGAUUCCAUUUUGUUUUUGAUCUCGUAUAUGACCCGUUUAUACGAACUUUUUUUACAUUUUCUCGAUUAUCCUUAAUUACAUUUAAAAAUCAUUGCAAUUUUUUUGGAGUUUCGGUUGUUUGCUAUAUUGUAUUCUACGUUACGUACGUUUGUUAUGUUCAGUGUCAAUCAGAGAAAAUCGGGAGUGUAACAGCGCCAUCUAUUGUCUAUGAAUGGCAUUAAUUUUUAUAUGUCAUCAGUGUAAUUUUGUACUUCUUCGUGUUGUAUAACUUCGGUGCUGUUUUGAUUGAUGAUAUUUUCAGUGAGAUAUGGAAGAAAAUAAUUUUUGCUUAUGACUUUUAUAAAACAUUUUACAACAAAAGUCGUUAUUUGAAAAGGAUUUCGCACUUUUCUUCCAUUUCCCACACCUUUAGUUUUAAUUAUGACUGUACAUCGUGAGAGUUUUAUGUUUACGAUGACGCACGCAUUACGUAUACGUGUUCGUAUACGUUGAGCGAGCUCUUUAUUUCUUUCCUACUUUAUCAGAAAUAAGCAUUUAAUUAUAAAUGAAUUGAAUUUUCCUACUGUUAUAACGAUGAAGACAAGGCAGGGUAAAACACCCUGAAACUAUUUUGUUUGACCAAACACAAUAUUGAUCUGUAUCAAUUGUUAGUGGUUUCUACGAUAACUGUGUGCGUAUACUUGUUGUAAAUACUUAAAUAAUAUUUUUAAUUAAGAUGUAAAAGCGGCCAAUUGCGCUGGUGGAGCUGCAAAUGCGGUAAGACUUAAUCCUUCCACAAAAUAUAUUGUAAUCAAAUCGAUUGUGCAUAAUAAAUAUACCUAUUUAUAUA